CCUCCGCCACCACUCCUGCGGCUGGGCACGGAGCGCCAUGGUGCAGCUCGGGAGCGGCCGCGGAGCCCCACCGCCUCUCCUGGCCCCACCGACGGCCUUCAGCAUCGACAGCAUCCUGCAGCCCGGUCCCCGCUGCCAGGCCCGGGAGCAGGGUAGGGCCAGCUGCGCGCUGCCGGAGGACGAAGAGGAAGAGGAGGAGGAGGAAGAAGAGGGGCCUGCGGAGGAGCAGCCCAGUAAAGGUUCUACCGACUCGGGCAGCGAGCGGCUGCGGGAGGAAGGGCCGCGCCGGGCGGAUGCUGAGGCCGAAGGCUCAGUUUCUCCUUUUUCCACGGAGAGGUUCCGCGGAUGCCGGCAGCCGUCGCCGCGGGACUCUGGGGGUUGCAGCAGGGAGAGUGGAAGGUGUUCAGCUGCCGGAGGCAAGAAAAAGACGCGGACCAUCUUCUCCAAGAGCCAGGUUUUCCAGCUGGAGUCCACCUUCGACGUGAAACGCUACCUGAGCAGUGCUGAGCGGGCCGGCUUGGCCGCCGCGCUGCACCUCUCCGAGAAGCAGGUGAAGAUCUGGUUCCAGAACCGCCGCAACAAGCUCAAGAGACAGCUGUCGGCCGAGCCCGAGGGUCCGGGCCAAGCGGAGCCCCCAGGGGAGCCCCUGCCGCCUCCCGCCGCCUCUUUCUCCUUCCCGGCCCUAUACAAGGACAGCGCCCUGCUCAGCCGCUGCCUGCUGCCUCUCCCCUUUCCUCUGCUGUACCCGGGCAACGCCAUCCCCUACCUCUGCCUUCCCGGCCCGGUUAAGCACUUCAGCCUGCUAGACGGGGACGUAUAGCUUUUCCCCUCGGCCCCCGCCCUGCCUAUUGCAGGAGGGCGAUGGUCCCUGUGGCCCAGCCAUGCCACCAUCCGCUUUCGCCCCGACCCGCGGCAGCCGCUCUCAGGCCCGGGGUCCCUUACACGCGGUUGUGUGCCGCCGUGUCAGAGCUUCAACAAAGUCUGCCUUCUGCUCGAGGCGGAGAAGAACGGAGCUGCCAAAGAAACCGGGAUGCGCUGUGUCUCCCUUCCCUCCGCAGCCCUUCCGUGGCCGCGGUUUAGGAAAGACAAUAUUCUGCCUCAGUCCAAGGGAAUGGUGUCAUCACGGCUGCCCCCGCACCGUGCCUCCACCCGAGUGCGUUGGGUACAGCCCCAUCCACUCCGUACGCUCCUCUAUCUCACAUUCUCCACCUUUAGUACCCCUUCAAUUAACAUUUCCCCAUCUCUGACACUAUCAAAAUGCGGAAACCUCUCUAAAUCUCUAUAGCUUCUCUGAAUUUUGAAUUUUCGAACCAAACAACUCCUCUAUCACACUUCGUGCUAACCGGUUCCCAGAUCAGGACCCAUCUGAUGCUUUGCACACAAGUUACUCUAACAAGUUAUUCUAACCCCGCCCCCGACAGCUCAGGGGAUUAUUUUAUCGGCUGCCCUACCGUAAUGGAGGGCUUUCUUUUUUCUUUUCUUCUUUUAAACCCACUUAAAAUUUCCAACCGCAUUUGUCUUCUUUUGGUUUCCGAGUUCACACGCUUUAUAUUACGAACUGAGAAAUAAAACUUUUCUAUCAGAAACCCGAGCUGCAUGCCUAUUCCGUACAGCCGCUCCUGGGAAGUGUCCAAAGAAAGACGUUUCCUAGAGUGCAUCGAAGGGUUUUUGUUUUAAAAAUAAAGGUUGAAAGUGUAAUCGUGGUACGGCAAAAUUCAGAAACGCUUGCGAAAAUGGGCGACUUGUUGAGUUUUCCAGAAGGCGAAAAGAAAAAUAAAAUUAAAGAAAAAAAAUAAAGAAAAAGAGAACGAAAGAG